GGAGUCUGACCUCCACUCAGAUAAACAGAGCUGAACCCACAGACACUGCCCUGUCUCUCUCUCUGUCUCACUCUCUCUUUUUCAGCCUGGUCCUGUCUUUGUCUCUGUCUUGCCUUCACCAUGCAGGGACUUUUGGUGUUUCUGCUCGGCCUCACCUUCUGGCACGGUGCGAGUGCAGGCCCACAGCUCGAGGCAGGGCGCCUUUACAGAUACAGCUACAAGACGGCGCUUGCUGUGAACCGGCCCAAAGGCACGAGCAGAGGAAAUGCCGGGUUUAAGAUCUCCGCCGAUGUGGAGAUCAGCCUGGCCUGGAGGAACCCGGAGAACCAGGACGAGCAGCUCCUCAGAGUCCAGAUCUCUAACGUUGAGAUUCAAAAUGCAGCCGAGCGCUCGCGUAAAAACGACAUCUUCCGUGGCACCACCGCUAAGGGAAUUCUGGGUGGAGAAAAGAACGAGGCGCUACAGAGACCCUUCAUGCUGCUCUGGAAGAUGGGCAAGGUGAGGAGUCUUUACACACACAAGGCGGAGCCUGCGACCAUCAAGAACCUGAAACGGGGCGUGGCCAGUAUGCUGAUGAUGCAGCUGAAGUCUGGCAAGAUGAUCGAGGCUGACGCAUCAGGAAAGUGUAUGGUUGAGUACAAGGUUUCCAAAGAUCAGGUGAUCCGCACAAAACACACAGAGAGCUGCAAAACUCAGGAGACGGGAUUCACUACACACAGCCAGGUGUUGGGUGUGAGUGAGAAGUCGAGCUCAGUGACACUCAUCACUCUGCAAGGCAACUUCAUCAAAUCUGCUGUUACCACGGAAACGCACGUCCUGUCAGUCAACGCUCGACACACCACCGCCGCCAAAGUCAUGGCUGAGCAGUCGCUCACUCUGCUCACGGUGACAAAUGGACUUGCGGAAGUUUCCGGUAAAAACGCGGCGAGUGUAGUGAAGGAUCUCGACCCCAAACUGGUUUCUGUGGGCGUGAUGACGGAGAAAACCAGCAUCCACUGUACGACGUGUCCGAAUCUGAUGGACACGUGGAAGGCAGUGCGUUCUCAGUUUGAGCCGCAGUCUCUGGCGAAGUCUUCAGCUCCUCGCAGUUUCCUGUCUCUGAUCCACGUCCUGCGCUCGGCCAGCAAAGACGAGAUCCUGAGUGUGCUUCAGAUCUCCAGCAAGACCACGCUUCCUCAGCUGGUGGACGCGGUGACCUCGGCCCAGACUCCUGCCUCUCUGGCGGCCAUUUUGGAGUUCCUGGACUUCAGUAGCGCAAAAAGCGACAGUGUGUUGCUGCAGGAGCGUUUUCUUUACGCUUGUGGUUUCGCUUCCCAUCCCACUGAGAGUAUGCUGCAGUCCUUGCUGGACAUCUCUAACGGGAAGAUCAGCAGCACGGAAAUUAAGGAGUCCAUCGUGAUCAUCAUGGGAGCUUUGGUGAGAAAACUGUGUCAGAAAGGAGGAUGUGAGCUACCGGUAGUGGUUAAGGUGAAGCAGGAGAUUCUCGCAGGACCAGAGAGCACUAAGGAUGAGGCCCAGGUUCAGAUGUACCUGCUAGCCCUGAAGAAUGCUCUUCUGCCCGAGGCCAUACCGAUGCUCUCUCGAUUCGCCGAGUCUGAGACCGGAGCCCUGAGCACCAUCGCUAUCACCGCUCUGCAGAGAUACGAGCCUCUGCUGAUCACACGCGAGGUAAAACAGACGCUGAAUCGCGUGUACCAUCAGAACCGACGUAUCUAUGAGAAGAACGUUCGUGCUGCAGCGGCUGACGUGAUCCUGAGCACCAACCCAUCAUACGAGGAGGUAAAGAACCUGCUGCUCUCCAUCGGCCACCUGCCACAUGAGAUGAACAAAUACAUGCUGUCCAAGGUGGAGGACAUCCUGCGAUUCAACAUGCCUGCCAGUAAAAUUGUACGUGAAGUCAUGAAGGACAUGAUAGCGCACAACUACGAUCGUUUCUCAAAGUUUGGAUCCUCAUCCGCCUACUCUGGAUACAUGACACGGGACAAUGAUGUGACCACCACCUACAGCUUAGACAUUCUGUACUCGGGUUCUGGAGUCCUCAGAACGAGCAACAUGAACAUUUAUGGCCACAGCAAUGGCGCCCUCCUGCACGGCCUUCAGGUUUCCAUCGAGGCCCAGGGUCUGGAGUCCCUGAUAGCGGCGACACCCGAUGAAGGCGAGGAGGAGCUGGAAUCAUUCGCCGGAAUGUCAGCGCUGCUCCUGGAUGUCCAGCUUCGUCCCGUAACCUUUUUCAAGGGCUACAGUGACCUGAUGUCUAAGAUGUUCUCCAUGUCUGGAGACCCCAUAAACGUGGUGAAGGGACUCAUCCUGCUCACUGACCACUCACAGGUGAUCCCUCUGCAAUCUGGACUGAGGGCUGCUGUCGAGUUCCAGGGCGGUUUAGCCAUCGAUAUCUCUGGAGGAAUGGAGUUUAGCCUUUGGUACAGAGAAUCCAAGACCAGCGUUAACAACAGGGGUGCGUUGGUCGUCUUGGGCAACGUGACGGUGGAUGCAGACUUCCUGAGCGUUGGAAUGGAGGUGAGCUUCGAGACGGAGGCGGCACUUGACUUUAUCACCACGGUCCAGUUUUCUGAGUACCCCUUCCUGGUGUGCAUGCAGAUGGAUAAGACCACCUUCCCGUUCAGGGAGGCAGUGUAUAAAAUGGAGAAGCUGUCCGCGGGACACCCGUAUGCCUGGCACAGGAGUCGCGAGCAGCUCAUUCCCGGCUCCGAGUUUCCACUUCAUCAGGAAAACUCCAACAUGUGCAAGAAAGUGUUUGACAGCAGCUGGUAGACCUGAGUAGCGACCUCGACCGACCUAACAAUGUGAGUCGGAUUAGCUGAAUGUAAAUGCAAAAGAAAAAAGAAAACCCUGUGAAUGUACAAUUUGUUUUUUUAAUCAACCUUUAUUAUGCUAUGCUAAGGUUGCUAAAAGUUUUUAGCAAUCCAUGCUUUGGGUGUAGCAUGCAAGGACUUUAUUUGAAGAGUCUUUAGCCCAAGGUUGUUGAUGUAAUUGUUUGUUUUUAACUGUUAAUGAAGUAAUUCAGGACAGAAUAUCAAUGGGGAGUCUAAAAUUUAACAUUAAAGGCUAAUCCAAGAUGAAAACUAGCAGCUAGCAUAACUAGCUCAUUAAACUCCCCGGAAAAAGAAAACGUUCAACAAGAAAUUAAUUAACAGAAAUAUUUAGUUUGGCUAACAGAAGUGACAAAGCUAAAAUUAAACCAUGUGAAUUAGCCUAAAAGUACAAGUUAGCAUACACCAGACCGUGAGCCAGGUAAUUACAGCUAGCUGAGCUUUAGCUCUGACCUAUAAUUGUCUGAAUUAUCGUCAUGACAAAAGAAUAAACAUUAGUAUAUAUUUAUAUCUCCUGUUAACACUGGUAUGGAUUAAUAACUAGCAUAGCUUUUGUCAUUGAGAGUGAUCUCACAUUAGCCACUUAGCAUGAAACAAAUGGCUAACACCGUCAGACGGGUGGUGCUUUGUUUGUGUCUAUGUUUAUAAUGUCUUAUAUUGCAUUUACAACUUAUUUAUUUGAUCUAAACGCUUGUCGAGAUCCUCAGGAACACUUUCUGUACAUUCGACCACACCGGAUGUUUACAACACAGUUGUUUAUUGUUUUUUUUUUUUUUUUUUUUUUUUUUUUGGGGGGGGGGGGGGGUGAAUUGGAAUGGUAUUGGAAAACUUUGUCUUGUGAAAUAUAUACAGCUGUGUGAUAUUUUAUUGGAAUUAUUUUGGAAGCAUAUUUACAUGAGAUUUAAAACGUUCGAGCACUAAAAUCUCACACAACACGAUACACACUGAGGUUUGCUAAAAAGCUCGAUUUUUUUGUAUGGAUGUAAAUAAACUUCAGGAAAAUAAAACACUGU